UACUGAGCAGAAGCCUUUGUGCUGCCAUGGACAGUGUGGAGAUGGAAUCUGUCCAGAUUAAAGAAGAGUUCCCUGAACCUGAACUUCUCCCCUUUAGAGUGGAGGUCUCUGGGCUGGCUUCCCUCCCCAUUAAACAGGAGCUCUGUGAGAUGCAAUGUGACGGCAGUCAGCCAGAGGUCUCUGAGAUUAAAGCUGAGCACAAUGAAUUGGAGAUCUCCCAGACAGAAGAACCCCUUCUUGUUAAACAAGAGGUGCUAGAAACUGUCUGUAUUAAACGGGACCCUCCUGAAGUAGAGUUUGACUACAUGGAACCAGGGAAGGAAGAAUCCGUGGACUUCAAACCAAACUUCCCUGAGCUGGAGCCUGUAUGCAUGCGGGAGUGUAACGUGGUGCGGGAGAAAAUCUGCAUGAGAGAGGAAGGCUCUCCCAAUAGCACGCAAGGAGGUGGAAAGGAAGACAGAUGCUCACAUUCACUAUGCAGUCUAGCAGGUUCCAGUCCAGCAGCUAAAGUGAGGGUGGACGGUGCAGAAUAUCCUGACUGUGGGAAAGGUUUUACCCAGUUAGGGCAUUUAAAGAAAAAACAGAGAAUUCACACAAGAGAGAAACCAUAUCACUGCUUAGACUGUGGGAAGAGUUUCAAUAGGUCAGGAACCCUGAAAGCACACCAGAGAAUUCACACAGGAGAGAAACCGUAUUGCUGCUCUUAUUGUGGGAAGAGUUUCAGCCAGUCAGGAACCCUGAAAACACAUCAGCGAACCCACAAAGGAGAGAAACCGUAUUUCUGCUCUGACUGUGGAAUGAGUUUUGGUCAGUCCGGACACCUUGUUUCACACCAGCGAACUCACACAGGAGAGAAACCAUAUCACUGCUUUUACUGUGGAAUGAGUUUCAGUCACUCAGGAGCCCUGAAAGAACACCAGAGAAUUCACACAGGAGAGAAACCAUAUCACUGCUCUGACUGUGGGAAGAGUUUCAGUCACUCAGGAACCCUGAAAGAACACCAGAGAAUUCACACAGGAGAGAAACCGUAUCAUUGCUCUGACUGUGGGAAGAGUUUCAAUCUAUCAGGAAACCUGAAAGCACACCAGAGAACUCACACAGGAGAGAAACCGUAUCAUUGCUCUGACUGUGGGAAGAGUUUCAGUCACUCAGGAACCCUGAAAGCACACCAGAGAAUUCACACAGGAGAGAAACCAUAUUACUGCUCUGACUGUGGGAAGUGUUUCAGUCGGUCACACAGGCUGGUUUCACACCAGCGAACUCACUCAGGAGAGAAACCAUACCGCUGCUCUGACUGUGGAAUGAGUUUCAGUCAGUCCGGACACCUUGUUUCACACCAGCGAAUUCACAGAGGACACAAACUCUAAAGAUUACGUUCAAUGCGACUUUUCACUCAUGAGGAAACAGUUAGCUUUGUAUUAUGAGUCCCUGUGUAAUUACUGUUUUGUGUAUCACUCUGAAGAGCAUGCAUUUGAAAUGGUUAAAUUGCAUUUAACUCUCUUGCGCUGUGAUUGUGUUAGAAAGUGGGCGGUGACGCGGACACGUCACAAGAGGCUAUUUAGCAUCCCAGAGAAAAGACUGCACCAUCCUUACUGGGCAACAGUCUGGAGAACUUGUCUGGUCAAUUCAUCAUAAUUCUAAACUGAAUUAAAAAUGAUAGUGUCCCUGUAACAGGGCCAGGAGCCCUGUACAUGAAGAGGGGGCA